AUCUAACAAAAUAUAAAACUAAUAAUGCAAAAUCUAACAAAGUAAAAUCUAAUAAAGCAAAAUUCAACAAAGUAAAAUCUGACAAAGCAAGAUUUAAUGAGAAAAGAAUUGAUGAAGCAA